AUGGGAAAAACUGCAGCUUCUUGCCUAUUUUUUGUGGAAGUGUCCUUUGCUUCAUUGCUUGGAACGAUUUCAGUGGAGGGUGAUUAUCGUCAUAUUUAUCCACUUGUCAUGUUGGCAAUACGAUUUGAUGAUGAUUCGCAUAUUAUGCCAUAUUUUUUCGGUUUGAUCGAGAAUCUUGAUUAUCCAAAGGAUCGUAUGUCAAUUGAUAUCUACAUUGGUCAACAUAAUGAUGCAACCACAACAAAAGUAAAGUGGUAA